UGUUAGUGUAAACCCAGAAAACUUUGCAAAAAGUUGAUAAAUUUGUGAAAUUGUUAGUGAUUUUCAGAAUUUAGUGAAAAAAGUGAAAAAAAAGAAAAAAAAUCAAGUGGAAUGUUAGAUAAAGUGAAACAUGUAAUAUUAGUGUUGUCUGGUAAAGGCGGUGUGGGCAAGUCUACAGUAAGCACACAGUUGGCGUUGGCCCUACGAGAAAGCGGUCAUAAGGUAGGACUUUUAGAUAUAGAUUUAUGUGGACCUUCGGUACCCUAUCUAUUGGGUCUCGAGGGUAGUGAUAUCUAUCAAUGUGACGAGGGUUGGGUGCCUAUCUAUACUGAUGACUCUAAAACAUUAGCUGUUAUGUCGAUAGGGUUUCUACUGAAAUCACGCAAUGAUCCAGUCAUUUGGCGUGGUCCUAAGAAAACUAUGAUGAUAAAACAGUUUUUAAACGAUGUUAAAUGGGAUGAUUUAGAUUAUUUAAUCAUAGAUACACCACCCGGUACUUCAGAUGAACAUAUAACGGUAAUGGAAUGUAUGCGUGAAGUACGUUGUGAUGGUGCCAUUAUUGUCACUACUCCACAGGGAGUAGCUUUAGAUGAUGUACGUAAAGAAAUAACCUUUUGCAAAAAGACUGGCAUACAAAUUUUGGGUAUAGUCGAAAAUAUGAGUGGUUUUGUGUGUCCCCACUGUGCCAAUUGUACGAAUAUAUUCUCUUCGGAGGGUGGUGUAGAACUGGCCAAGUUGGCGGGUGUUCCCCACUUGGGUACAGUGCCUAUUGAUCCUCGUGUUAGCAUUUUAAAUGGUACUACACGUUCGGUUUUGACAGAAUUGCCCGAAUCAGGUACAGCUGCCACCUUUAGGGAAUUGGUGACAAAAAUUACGGCAUAAUUGUUAAAAUGGAAAUUGUUUUAAAGAAAAUAAGUGUAAAUAUAAAAUUUUAUAAAAAUUGUUAAAAGUU